UUGUAGGAUAUUCAUACGGGCCAGGUUAUACACGAGAAGUUUCUGCUUUUCCACGUAUACGCUACAUGUGUAGAACGACAUACUUAGAUAACGAAAUGAAAUGAUACAUUAUUAGAAAGGACAAAUGAGUUCUUAGCGACAAUGGCAGAAUCAAAAGCAUUACACAAAACAAAAGUCAAUGGCUCUGAAGGCGUUUUUGAAAUGUACUGUGAACCUUGUCAUAGGGAAGGGAAACGUGAGAUAGCAUGCGCUUUCUGUUCUGUUUGUGUGACCUACUUUUGUUUGAUUUGUCUGAAAUGUCAUGGUAGGUUUUUUCCAGGUCAUAAACCCCUGGCAGGAGUAAACAUGCCUCAAGACUUGUGUAUUGAAAAAUGUAAGACACAUUACCAGGAGAUUUUGAAGUAUUUUUGUACUACUUGCAAUAAAUUUGUUUGUUGUAUAUGUAAACCGGAGCUCCACAAAGAUACCUGUAACUUGAGAUAUUUACCAGAUUAUGUUACGGAUACUAAAGUGACAGAGGAACUGAAAGAUAUAAAAACUUAUAAUAGUAACAUUGCUAAACGUUUGUCAGAUUUCAAAGGGAACAUAGAUGUGAAAUAUGAGAGUAUUUUUUCUUGUGCAUCAGAAGCCAAAACUGUGAUUCAAAGUAAGAAAGAGGAUAUAUUUGCACCAUUCGAGGAAGAAAUCUCAAACUUAGAGAAAACUGUACACACAGCAAAGACAAAGGAUAUGUUGAACAUUGAUCGAGCGAAAGAAAUGCUUGAAGUGCUGCACAAUGAAACCGAUAAACUAUCGGAGAACAUCAAAAUAGUACAACAAUUCCCAAAAAGUCGAAAGUACACGUCAUUUCUGAAAAUGAAGCAAAUGAGCGGAGAUUUGACACAACUGAAUGAAAUUGUGCGUAAUCUGACAAAAGAUUCAUUAAAGACAGACAAUCAUUUUGGGGAUGAAGUGAAAAGGGAAUUGAAUGAUUUGAUCGACAGAGUUAAAGAGAUUGGAAAAUGCGUUGCAACAUCUCAAGAAUGUCAAGCUAAAGCGACGGGUAAGGCAGCUUACUUUGUUGAGGAUUUAAAUGUAAAGGAUAAGAAGGAUCAGAAAGACUGUCUUAUAUUCGAUUUAUGUUUAAUAACCGAUCAAUAUCUAGUUUUGUCUGACAGAAGUAAUUGUUGCCUGAAGUUAGUCGAUGUCAAAAGCAAGAAGUUGUUGUAUCGGCGAUCUGUGAUAACAGCCCCAGAAGCUGUUACUAAGAUUACAGAGUCGGAGAUGGCUAUGGCUCGGUUAUAUGAGAAAGAUGAGAGCCGCUGUAUAAUUCAGUUUUUGAAACUGACAAAUGCUAAACAACUCGUUUUUAUGAAGCGCUUUAUAUUGACAGAAAUGUUUUGCACCAAUAUAACAUACAUUGGUAAUGACAAGUUGGUAAUUGCAAUGACGGCUAACUAUCAUGGUAAAGUGCAGAUAGUUGACUUCAGCGGUCGUGUUAUACACACAAUUGAUAAAGAUGAAAAUGGAGAGUCUCUUUUUCAAUGUCCCUACUAUUUAAAUACUAAUAUGGCGGAAAAGGUUGUUUACAUCAGUGAUUGGUUGAAUGACAGUUUUUGCAAAGUGGACAUUGACACAUUAAGUACAUAUCAGUAUUCGCCACGCAUCUGGCAUCCCUAUGGGAUAACGAUUGACGAGGAUUGUUGUAUUUAUGUCUGUGAAUCUGGAACUGAUAGUAUACAUGUUUAUUAUACCGACGACACUAAAAAUUCGGAUAAGCAAGUUUUGUUACAGUUCAGCGAUGAUAGCCCCCAAGCUUUACUUUUUUCUGCUUCAUUGUCUAAGCUGUACGUUAGUUUCGACGGUUCUGAACACCUAAAGGUAUACAAUAUUAUCAACUCUUAGAACUGCUAAACUUCGAGUUCGACGAAUGUUGAUCAUGAAUUUACAUAUAUUUAUUUGACUUUGUGUCAUCGAGGAUGAGAAAGUUAUCCGCUGUCUACGUUAAAGAAAUGUUUAAACUGCCAGUUUGUUCUACCCAUGAUGUGUCGAUUUGAUAUAGAACGUAACAGAUGAAAUUGGUGAUGAUUCAAUUAAAGAGAUAAACACAUUAUUUUAAGAAUAAGACCUAUGCGGAUAAAACCACCUAUGAAAUCUAUGUCAUCAUAUACAGUAGGUUAAGUGAUAGUUAUCUUGAAAAGGUAUAACGCGGGCAAACGUAUGUGAAAUACGGAUCGACACUGGCUCUUUUCACAGAAUCAAAGGGAGAUAACAUUAUUAAACAGUUACUGUCCUUAACACACUGCUGAUAAUAUUUACAUGAGGGUGUGCACGUGAUCACAACGAUGAUCGAAACAACAUUUAAAGAAUACAACUUUAUGUUUUGAGUGCGUAAUACAUAUUCAUUCAAAAGUCACCUUUUUGAUUGACUAAAACUUGUAAAUAUUCUAAAAAAAUUAAUGAUAGUGAAUAUGUAUUGUUUUAUGGAUAUUUCAUUCUUAUCAUUUACUAUUUUAUGUUGAUUAUUUUACUAAGUUUGACUAUAUUAAGCAACCUUGUAGAACUUUUAGAACAUUCUUUUAGAGACGCUUACCAUGGCUUAAGAUUAUUUUAUAUAGUAAUGUAUAAUAUAUAUAUAGAAAAUGGUUCUACUUCCACAUACUCUGGCCUUUAAACUGAGUGGAAUAUAAGUUGUUGAUUAAGCAUUCGCAUAUGUUUAUAAAUAUAUUUAGUUUCUUAGU